AUGAAGUCUUUCGCUCUGCUAACAGCCUCUGCGCUGUUGGGCAGCGCCUCUGCGGAGGUCCACAAGCUCAAGCUCAACAAGGUCCCCUUGAACGAGCAGCUCGAAACUGCCAACUUCCCUGCCCAGCUUCAGGCCCUCGGUCAGAAAUACAUGGGCCACCGUCCAUCCUCCAGCGAGAAUGACUUCCAAGACACCUCUUACAAGCCUACUGCGGGUCACGAUGUCCUGGUCGACAACUUCUUGAACGCCCAGUGUAAGCUCCGUCGAUCAUUUUGCCACCCUUUACUUGUCACUAAUCUCAUUGAUUUAGACUUCUCCGAGAUCACCCUUGGUACACCACCCCAGACCUUCAAGGUUGUCCUCGACACCGGUAGCUCUAACUUGUGGGUCCCCUCUUCUGAGUGUACCUCCAUCGCUUGCUUCCUCCACAGCAAGUAUGACUCCUCGUCUUCGAGCACUUACCAGAAGAAUGGCUCUGAGUUUGCCAUCAAGUACGGCUCUGGCAGCCUGAGUGGCUUUGUCUCACGAGACACCCUCUCUAUUGGUGACCUGACCAUCAAGAACCAGGACUUCGCUGAGGCUACCAGCGAGCCCGGCCUUGCUUUCGCUUUCGGCCGUUUCGACGGUAUUCUGGGUCUUGCCUAUGACACCAUCUCUGUCAACAAGAUUAAGCUUCUGGAUGAGCCUGUUUUCGCCUUCUACCUGGGCAACGCCGACAAGGAGGGCGAUAACUCUGAGGCCACCUUUGGUGGUGUUGACAAGAGUCACUACACUGGUGAACUCGUCAAGAUCCCUCUCCGCCGUAAGGCCUACUGGGAGGUGGACUUGGACUCCAUUACCUUCGGCACCGAGACUGCUUCUCUCGACAACACCGGUGUUAUCCUUGACACCGGUACUUCCCUCAUUGCUCUUCCCUCCACCCUCUCUGAGCUUCUGAACAAGGAGAUCGGUGCUACCAAGGGCUUUACUGGCCAGUACUCCGUGGAAUGUGAGAAGCGUGACUCCCUUCCCGACCUGACCUUCACCCUGAGCGGUCACAACUUCACCAUUGGCCCCUACGACUACAUUCUGGAGGUCCAGGGCUCCUGCAUCAGCUCUUUCAUGGGCAUGGACUUCCCCGAGCCCAUGGGUCCUCUGGCCAUCUUGGGUGACGCGUUCCUGCGUAGCUGGUACUCUGUCUACGAUCUCGGCAACAGCGAGGUCGGCCUGGCCAAAGCCAAGUAA